CCGGAGCGCAGCGGCGGCCGCGGCGGGGUCUGCGUGUCGGUCUGGCCGAGGGGUCGGUGGCCGCGGGGGUCGGUCCCAUCGAGCGCCCUGAGGAGCGCCCGGGGUGUGCGUGGCUGUGCCGGGCGGCAGCGCCGCGGGUCGGUGACAGCCCCGCUGCGGCGGGGCCAGGCAGGGCUCCGCACCCGCGCCGGGCGUGAGCCUCUGCGGGGCACGGCGCGGUCUGAGCAGCAGGAGCUAUUCAGCCGCUCUGCGGGCUUCGUGCAGUUAACGAAACCGAGUUCUGGUGAUGAUGCUUGUAAGUAACAAAGACAGGCUGAGAUAAAAGGCCUAAAAAGGAACCCAAGUGCUUGUUUAGUUUGGCUAUGUUUGCAUUUCGAUGGAACAUAAUGCCAGGGUGUCACUCCAGUUUGAUACCGGCUGGUUUCAGUGGAGGCACGUCUGUGAAGCUCGAAGGAUUACGGUUUGGGGAUUUUUAUUUUUUUUUUAAGAUCAGGUGGCUUUCCAGAAGCCACACUCUGAAGGUUGAAGUCCUUCUGUAUUGGAGAUUGGAGGUGUUUUUUUUUCUCCCCUACCCCCCUUUUAAAAAUAAAUAAAUAAAUAAAUUAUAUAUAUAUAUAACAACAGUUAAAGGGAGCAGUAUGCCACAAAUUGUAAUUUUGCUGUCAGUACAGGAAUCUGAAUUGUGUUUCUAACAGAUUUUCCUUCCCCAGGCUGCAUGCUGCAUUAAUAGAAACAAUUUGCAUAACUUCUGUCAGCUUUCUGGUAUAGAAGGUGGAAAUCCUUGAUUUGAAGACAAAGAAACAGCUAUGCUUCCUAGAUAAGGUGGAACCAAAUGCCACAAUUAGGGAGAUCAGAUUUAUGUUCCAUAAAUUAUAUCCUCAGUGGUAUCCAGCAAGGCAGUCGAUAAAACUUGAUCCAAAAGGAAAGUCCCUGAGGGAUGAGGAAAUCCUGCAGCAUCUCCCUGUUGGCACAACUGCUACCUUAUACUUUAAAGAUUUAGGGCCACAGAUAGGAUGGACUACGGUAUUUUUGAUAGAAUAUACAGGCCCAUUGUUCAUCUAUUUUCUGUUUUAUUUCCGCAUGCCUUUUGUCUAUGGACUGGAUGAGAGGUUUACAUCAAGUCCGCAUCCAGUAGUUAACUUGGCAUGUAUCUGCCAUUCUUUCCACUACAUCAAAAGGUUGAUUGAAACAGUAUUUGUUCAUCGAUUCUCCCAUGGGACUAUGCCACUGAGGAAUAUUGUGAAGAACUGCUUGUAUUACUGGGGAUUUGCAGCUUGGCUUGCUUAUUACAUCAAUCAUCCUCUUUACACUCCUCCUUCUUAUGGGAAAAAACAGAUAAAUUUUGCUGUGAUCAUGUUUCUGCUGUGUGAAGCUGGAAAUUUUUCCAUUCAUGUUGCACUCAGUGACCUCCGGAGAAGUGGAUCCAAACUCCGUAAGAUCCCAUAUCCAACGAAGAAUCCUUUCACAUGGCUGUUUGUCUUUGUAUCUUGCCCUAACUAUACAUAUGAGGUGGGGACCUGGAUCAGUUUCACUAUCAUGACUCAGUGUGUUCCAGUGGGGCUUUUCACCUUGCUUUGCUUCAUUCAGAUGACAAUCUGGGCAAAGGAUAAACACUGCACCUACGUACGAGAAUUCAAGGAUUAUCCAAGUCUUCGAAUGCCAAUUAUUCCCUUUUUGUUAUAAAAAAAAAAGAAAAAAAAGAAAAAAAAGAAAGAGGUUUAACUUGAACAUUGCAUGGAACUUCAAGAAGGAAAAGCUCAUAAACCUCCUGCCAAAUAAGUGAACUAAUUUAAAGGAUUUUGGUGCAUGUUGAAUCUCCACUGCUAAGGAAAACUGUAUGCACUUGAAAGCUACACUUCCUUACAUUCAAGAAUUCUCAGCUCAGAGCACUUUAAAAAAAUAAGGCUUCAUUGCACAGCUGGUAGUCAAAAGCCACCGCAGUUCACUGUAACCUGAUUGACUAAGGUUUUCCUGUGCUAGUCUAUUUAGAUUGAUGGAUCAGAGACACUGAGAAGCCUGUGCUGAAAAGCAGCUCCAGAUUUAGCAGUGGCAUUCUGCAAGGCAUAAGUACAUUGGAAUGAGGACAUACUAGCUAACUACUAGAGAGCUCAGCCAGCAUGGCCAGCUGGCCUGAAGACAGUUGCAUGAUGUGCCUUCUUUGACUUGAAGAAGAGAAUGUGCUGCCUGGAGGCAGGUGCUUUGGAACAAAUAACACUACCAAAGAAUAUGAAUGUUUCCUGGAAUAAAGAAAUAGGCAAUAUCUCAAUACCUGAUUUGGGUCUAACCCCUAAUUUUCCAAAAGAAUAUGAAGUAAGAAAUAUUUCUAAUAUUUCUGGGUGUAACAUUCUGCAUUGUUGGGGUUUUUUUGUUUGUUUUUAGUAUUCUUCAUUAGGAAAUUGCAUAUUAGUAAAUAAGGUUCAGAAGAUCUGA